AUGACGAGCAAGCGAAGGAUGGAAGGAAAUGUUUUACUGCACGAAGCUCCAGGAGCCCGUGUUUUAAAGGAUGAAGGCUUGGUUUACACGCUUCUUAUGUGUCUUUCCCUCGCCGAAGUGCGAAAGUUAUGGAAACUUCGAAAGAUGUUCGUCAGAGUGUUGAACGACAAGGUUAUUCCGCUGCUCGCGCUGCUUGAAAGGGAGUGGAGCAUCGUCCGAGAUUUUUUAGAUUCGAAUCGCAGCGGUUUCCAAUACAAUCUUGACCGGGUCUUCACGGAGGCUGUGCUUCACACGGACUUUGAGGGCCUGCGGCUUUUGGCGCAGAGGAAUUACGGUUUUGGCAGCUCGCGAGGAGACUCUCGCCUGAAGGCUUUCGUGCACGAGGCGUUGCGAAGCGCGCACAUCGAGAGGCUGUCGCUUCUGCGAGUCCUCAAUUAUGAUAUCUCGGAGGACAUCGAGGAGUGCCGGGCCCGUGGAGAUCUGGGGCAGCUUCUGAGCGAGGGGUCGAUCACCGUGGAUUUUCUCGGAUCACGUGCGUCCUUCCGCUUCCCGCUCAUGGACCUGGCCACGAGUUCCUAUGCGGAAGUUCAGAUGACCGACCUGUGCAAGCAGCGCGAGACGCUUUACAAAGUUCCUUUCAUUCUUUGCGCCUUCAUCAAAGCAGGAGCCAGCAUGAGCUCCUUUCUUCGAGUGGAAAGCUGUGGGUACCUGUUGCUGCUAGCGCUGGCAGCCGAGUCCUUUAACUUCGUGUACUUGCUGGUUCAAGAGGCUAUCACCCUUGAGGCAGUGCUCCGGCAGUACGAGCCAUACUUGCUACAGAUGUUGCGGCAGGCGAUGCCGCAGCGCCCAGGGGUGCUGGACUUGCUCUGUUUCUGCGGCUUCAAACUGAAGCUCGAGGAACAGGAGCAGUUCGAUUCUUCCGUCCUCGACCGCGUUCUCAAGCAGGAUUUCCUCUCUGUCGAGCGGAUUUCCAAGCUGAAUUUCGACCUCCUGGCGUUUGCCGAGCGUCAGCAGGCGGAGCUCAGCACGCUGCUGCAAAGAGGUCUGGAGGACUUGAUCGGCGACUCCGCUGAGGACCUUCAAACGGAGGGCGACUCCAGUGAGGCCAAGAGACCGCAACUGGCAAUACGAAGGUUUGCCAGCAUUGACAGGCGGGUUUUGGACCUCCAUUUUCGAAGCCCUCAGUUCUUGGAGUUCGCUGAUGACCUCAUGGGGCGCAAAGCAUUUGUACAGAUGCGCCGCAUUGUGGAGGUCCAUCCGCAGGCCUUCGGCCAUUAUUUUCGGCAGCACUACCAAUCCAUGGAGGAGUUGCUGAUGGAUGCCUUCUGCCGUCGGCAGAUAGCCCUGGUCAUUGACCUAACAUCGCUUCACCUUCCGCUCGCUCAGUUUUUUGAGAAGCACCAGGAGGAGUUGAGCAAGCUCGAACGGCAUCGUGGGGCUUUGGACCGGCAGCUGCAGUCCCUUGACCAUGUGGAGGACUUCGGCAACGAGGCUGCAGAGCUGGCUCAGCAGCUGAGGCAGCGGCAGGGCGGCGAGGGCGCGGGCGCCCCGGGCCGCAAGGAGGGGCCGCAAGGAAGAAUCGCCGACUCCAUCGAGGCACUGACGGCCCUGUUGCGAGAGGAUGUGCUGGACUGCCAAAGAUUGCAGGCAGCUCAGGCAGUCUCCACCUUCGAGGCACAGGGAGAUUGCCGCUCAGUGCCGCCCUGGGGGCAGAUUGGAUUUGCAGGCCACGACCCCCAACGGCUGAAAGCCCUGUCGACGUGCCGCCUUUUCGUGGCAGGAGCGGAAGCUGGAGCUCCGAACCGCGGAGAUUCCCGGAAGCUUUCCCAGGACUGCAGACGCUUCGCAAAGGAGCGGAGCUCCGAUGCCUCCGAUCCUCCAAGACUCCGCGCUUGCAUCAGCACUCCUGCUUGGGAAAACAAUCAGAGCACCGGCAAAGAAGCACCCCGUGAGUUGGUGGUGGCUGGAGACGUCUCGUGCUGUGCCUACACGGAACAGGUGCAACUGGAUGCGGUUCUCCACAAAGCUUGGUUUGCGACAAAGGCAUGGACAGAGCUGGUCAUGUUGCGUUCCGAGGUUUCCGAGUUCCGCUUCAAGUCGUUCUUCCUGCGGAUGCAGGAUGAGACAGACGCUGCGGUUCUGAAGAUCCUCCAAGACGGAUACUGGUUUGAUCUGCACAAACUCGCUCAGCUGGACUUCGACUUCCAAGACUUCUUUGAUCGUCGUUUCCAGGAGGUCUCCUCGGCGGUUCUGCAGUUCAUGACCAUGCCGCACCCUCACUUCGUGCUUUUGCGGGAGCUCUCUGCUCUCGACUUCCCGUGGGAACGCUUCAUGGAGGAGCACGCGGCGUGCAUCCUCGCUUCGAAGGACCAGGACUACCUGCAGUUCCUGAUCUCUCUCGGUAGCUUCGAGGUUGGAUCGAAGGUCUACAGAGUGGUGGAGCAAACGUGCAGACUGUACCACUCCAUGGCCAACACCAUGUUCAACACUCCCAGUUCUUGGCCUUCGGUUCCUGUGGAGGCGCCAGCAGUUGCGGCGGUUCCAUGCCAAGCUUCUGAGGCCUCCAGCGAGGGCCUUGAAAUUUCCUGCGACGCCGCGGCGCCGAGUUCUGGGAUAGUGCUGACUACUCCAGGCGAGGCCGAGGUUGCGGACGAGAGCACUGGCGGCGCUGGCACCGAAGGCCGUGCGGAUCGCCCCAAGGCGAGCUCUGCCACCGAGCGUGCGAAGGAGCUGGCAAGGCUGGCAUGCGAGAGGAAGGUGGAUGCCAAGAAGGUCAUGGCGUUGCUGAUUUGUCGUGGCAUCUACUGUUGGAACCCGCUCAAGUUGAUCAUCGACGAUGACGGCGAUGCCAAGGAUGUCAGAUCCUGGUCCCAAAUCGAGAGCGUCCUGAGUUUCCUCGACGCCAAAGACGAGGUGCAGGGCCCUGGUCCGCUGCUUGGUCUCCAGGCAGCACAGGGCCUGCACGCAGCACCUCUCCAGCAGCUCCAGCAGCCGCCAGCAGCAGCAGCAGCCGCAAACGCGCCUCCACAGCUGCAAACCUUGGCGCAGCUCCAAUCAUUGCUGCAAUUCCAGCAAAUUUAUCAAGCCUCGCCGUGGCAACAGCAGCAGAUGGUGAUCCAGAUCGUCUGCCUGACGCAGCGGGCGGAGGAGCAUGUCUUCGACAAGAAGAUUGAGCCCUUCUGGCGUGGCAUCCUGGACAGCGUCCUGCCUCUCGAGAGGCCUGACUAG